AUGGCCAAGGACGAACCUGCCGCUGCCAAGAAGCGCGAUGCUUCCGAUGUGUACGAUCGUCAGAUUCGACUAUGGGGAAAAGAGGCUCAGGAGAAAAUGGCCAAAGCCAAGGUUCUGUACAUUCACGUGACGGGAGUGUCGUCGGAAGUGCUCAAGAAUUUGGUAUUGGCCGGAAUUCGAGCGACGAUUUGCGACAAUCGCCCCUUUCCCAGUGCCGCGGCGUCGACCCCGUCCUUUUUGCUGCCUCCUUCUACCACGGGCGAACCGGCCGCCAAAAAGACCAAAUUCGAGACCGUGGGUGCCGCCUUGAAACCGGUCGUUGAAAAUUUGAAUUUGCUCUUGGGAGACUGUGGCAUUAUUGACAAGGACGUGUCCGAGUUGGAUGCCGAGUUGCUGAAAGAGUUUCCCAUUGUCAUGGCAUCUCGGAUUCCACCGUCCGAAGCACUGCGAUUGUCCAAGAUUGUCACGGCGGCGGGAAACAAAUUCUUUUUGGCCGAUUGUUUUGGGCUCUACGGGAGUAGCUUGAUGGAUUUGGGCGAGCACACAUUUCAAAUAUCGGGAACACCUCCCGUGGAAUGGAUGCGCUAUCGAUUGGUCUUGGAGUAUUUCGAACAAACCAAACGGUGGCCUACCGCCGACGAUGCCGACGAUUUCGUCACCCGCUCGAAAGCAUAUCUGGCCCAAACAACUCCCAAUUUGCCCCCUCACCCCGUGCUACAAGAAGAGUCUUUGAAAACGUUGGCGUCCAUGGAUGGGGAAUUUGCUCCCGUGUGUGCCGUGUUGGGGGGGCUCCUGGGAAAUGAAGUCAUCAAAGCCAUUAGUGGAAAGGGAGAACCGGCCAACAAUACACUGCACUUUUCGGCCGAUACGUGCGAGGCCAUUACAUUCUUGGUACAUUCCAAGGCCAAUCCGGACGAUGAUGAAAACUACAAAAAGAAAUAA